AUGAGGGAGGGAGGGAGGGAGGAGGGAGUGAGGGAGUCGAGGGAGAGUAGGGAUGAGUUAUCUGGAGAUGCUGACUCUCUCCUCUCCUGCUCUCUCUAUCUCGCUCUCGCUCUCGCUUCUCUCUCUCUACUCUCUCUCUCUCUCCUCUCUCUUCUUAUCAUCCCUCUCUUCCUUUUUAGUUUUUUUUUUCCCUCUCUGGGAGGAGAGGAGAGGUUGAGAGGUUGUCCCUCUCUUCACUGGCUGUCAUGGGUAAUGCAUCAUGGGUACUGCAGGAUCAUGAUGAAUCCAUGUAGAUGGUAAAGAUUUAAAAAAUUCAGAGAACUGGAAUCUAGUCUUCAUUGUGGCAGCACUAACAGUUGACCGGGGCAGCUCUAGCAGGGCAGAAAUUUGACGAACUGACUUGUUGGAAAGGUGGCAUCCUAUGACGGUGCCACAUUGAAAGUCACUUUUGGCCAUGUAGUGUAUAUAAAUUUUCUAAUGGUAUCAGGUAUAAAAAAAUUAUUUUGUGUUAAAAUAAAGAAAAUUAUAUGUUCAUCAUUUGCAAAAAUACACUGGGUGUAUUUGCAUAUAUGAAAACAUUAACAUAAAGUGUUGGAACAGGGCUGCAACCACUAAAACAUCCUCUGUCUAGAAGGCCUACCUGUACUCACCUGCGCUGUCUAGACUGCUUCAUUAAUUACUGUUGUUGUCAUGUUCUGUUGCAACAAGUGUGUCAAUAGCAGGAUAUCCUCAGAUUAAAAAUCAACACGCUUGGCUCUAGAUUACACCCAUCUAUACAUACUUUACAUUGUUUGCGAGGUCAAACAGAAUAUCACUAUAAUCUGAGUGUUCAUUUUCGUAAAUUGAUUUCGUUUAAUUGUAAACAUUUCAACUAUAUCAAAUGAUACAUUUUUUCAAUUCCACAAAAAAUGAAUCCCUGAACCCAUCAAAAUAAAGUUAUCUUUCUUAUCUUUCUUGUGAUGUAAAGAUGAUUAUGAUUGUCAUGUCAAGAUGAUAUGUUAAAUCCCAGCCGAAGCUUUAACAUUCUUAUAGAUGCAACGGAAACACAAUGUAUUCCAUUGAGCCCAUUUCAGCCAUUACCGGGUGUGUUUGACAGGUCAUUACAAACAUUUCCACGGUCGUAACGUUAAUGGGAAAACACGACAGGCACAAGCAAGAGUAUGAAAGAGUCGCAGGAGUAAAAUUAAAGCAAUCAAUCCAGCGAGAUGUAAGUGACAAGCGGAUUUUGCACCCCUCAAACACAGGAAAUAAAAAAGACAGUUCCUCAGGUGGGCGGGGCAUGUGCGUUGCUAGUUUAAUUGUUUUUGUAAAACUAAAGCACACACACAAGCACAAGAAAAAGAUAAGAAGAUUGCAUCCUGUUCUGUGCGACAAAUUAAACCGGUCAUUAUCAUUUGUGUUAAUAUUGUGUUGAAUCAUAGUUUCAUUUGAUGUUAUUAGGUCCUGGAGCGUGGCAAUAUCUCUCCAAGCAAAAUAACACUGUCAAACACAAACGCACACACACACACACACCACACAUACAUACAUACACACACAUGCACAUACACACACACAAACACACACAACACAUAUUGCACCUCUUGCUCAUCUCAUUGGCUUUGCUAAAUAGCAGCUCCUGUUUAAUGAAUGUUAACAUGCAGGAUAAUAUCCGGGGUAAAAUAUGAUACAACCUAGCUGGAGUUUAAUCAAUAUAGACCCUAUCUAAAUGCUGCGCGCAUGCCCGCACACACACACGCACGUACACACACACACACACUCACACACACACACACAGCUAAUGCUGGAGAUAUAGUGAUAGUGAUAUGGCCUACCAGUAAAUGGGAUGACUGUGAUAACGGAUGUGUUACAGUACAUGGCAGGACGUCGGGAUACUAUGUAGAGCACUGGAUCUGUCACCAUCGUUUAAGGACGGGUCAGACCAAGGCGCAGCGUGAAAAGCAUACAUGUUUAUUACAACGAUAAACACACGAACAAAACAACGUAACGUGAAGUCCGAAGGCUAACCACAAUACAAGCCUCUAACACGGAACAAGAACCCACAACUAAUGAGUGCCAACAGGCUACUUAAGUAUGAUCCCCAAUCAGAGACAACGAGCGACAGCUGCCUCUGAUUGGGAAUCACACCCGGCCAAACAUAGAAAUACACAACCUAGAAAGAGAACAUAGAAAAUACAACGUAGAACUCCACACCCUAACUCAACAUACUAGAGUCCCAUACGUCAGGGUGUGACAGGAUCAACACAGGAAAAAGAGUGAUUACAUACUUGAUUUAUGCCGUUGAUUUAAGGAUGGUUUCCCAUGCACAGAUUAAGCCUAGUCCAAUACUAAAUAUCAUUCUCAAUAGAGAUUCUCCAUUAAAAUGCAUGUUUAUUCCAGGACUAGGCCUAGUCUGUGUCCCGGAAGCAGCCCUUUAUGUUGGGGGAUAUUUUUAGGCUGGCCCUAGUUUGUAGUAGUGGGCUUUAGCUGUAUAGUAUAGUAGUGGGUUGUAGCUGCAGAGUAUAGUAUAGUAGUGUGAUGUAGAGUAUAGUAUAUUAGUGGGUUGUAGAGUAUAGUAUAGUAGUGGUCUGUAGCUGUAUAGUAUAGUAGUGGGCUGUAGAUUAUAGUAUAGUAGUGGGAUGUAGCUGUAUAGUAUAGUAGUUGGCUGUAGAGUAUAGUAUAGUAGUGUGCUGUAGGUGUAUAGUAUAGUAGUGGGCUAUAGAGUAUAGUAUAGUAAUGGCCUGUAGAGUAUAGUAUAGUAUAGUAGUGGGCUAUAGAGUAUAGUAUAGUAAUGGCCUGUAGAGUAUAGUAUAGUAUAGUAGUGGGCUGUAGAGUAUAGUAUAGUAGUGUGCUGUAGCACUACUAUACUAUAGUAGUUGAUUAUAGUAGUUGGCUGUAGCUCUAGAUACUGAGUAUAAUAGUGGGCUGUAUAGUAUAGUAGUGGGCUGUAUCUGUAUAGUAUAGUAGUGGGCUUAGAGUAUAGUAUAGUAGUGGGCUGUAAUUGUAUAGUAUAGUAUAGUAGUGGGCUGUAGCUGUAUAGUAUAGUAGUGGGAUGUAGAGUAUAGUAUAGUAGUGGGCUGUAUCUGUAUAGUAUAGUAGUGAGAUUUAGCUGUAUAGUAUAGUAGUGGACUGUAGUUGUAGAGUAUAGUAAUGGGCUGUAGCUGUAUAGUAUAGUAGUGGGCUUUAGCUGUAUAGUAUAGUAGUGGGCUGUAGAGACUGAGUAUAGUAGUGGGCUGUAGCUGUAGAAUAUAAUAGUGGGCUGUAGCUGUAUAGUAUAGUAGUGGGCUGUAACUGUAUAGUAUAGUAGUGGGCUGUAGCUGUAUAGUAAAGUAUAGUAGUUGGCUGUAGAGUAUAGCAGUUGGCUGUAGCUGUAUAGUAUAGUAGUUGGCUGUAGAGUAAAGUAUAGUAGUUGGCUGUAGCUGUAUAGUAUAGUAGUUGGCUGUAGAGUAUAGUAUGUGGGCUGUAGCUGUAUAGUAGUAGUUAGUGGGUUUUGGUUAGAGUAUAUAUAGUAGUGGGCUGUAGCUGUAUAGUAAAGUAUAGUAGUUGGCUGUAGAGUAUAGCAGUUGGCUGUAGCUGUAUAGUAUAGUAGUUGGCUGUAGAGUAUAGUAUAGUAGUUGGCUGUAGCUGUAUAAUAGUAGUUGGCUGUAGCUGUAUAGUAAAGUAUAGUAGUUGGCUGUAGAGUAUAGCAGUUGGCUGUAGCUGUAUAGUCUAGUGUGGCUGUAGCGUAUAGUAUAGUAUGGGCUGUAGCUUGUAUUAUAUGUAGUGGGCUGUUAUGCUUUUACUAAAGUAUAGUAGUUGGCUGUAGAGUAUAGCAGUUGGCUGUAGCUGUAUAGUAUAGUAGUUGGCUGUAGAGUAUAAGUCAGUUGGCUGUAGCUGUAUAGUAAAGUAUAGUAGUUGGCUGUAGAGUAUAGCAGUUGGCUGUAGCUGUAUAGUAUAGUAGUUGGCUGUAGAGUAUAGUAUAAUAGUUGGCUGUAGCUGUAUAGGUAUAGUAAAGUAAGUAGUUGGCCUGUAAGGGAAUAGCAGUUGGCUGUAGCUGUAUAGUAAAGUAGUUGGCUGUAGAGUAUAGUAGUUGGCUGUAGCUGUAUAGUAUAGUAGUUGGCUGUAGAGUGUAGUAUAGUAGUGGGCUGUAGCUGUAGAAUACGCACACACGCAUACACACACACACACACACACACACACACACACACACACACACACCAUCUUAGUGUCUGUGUGUGUAAAUAUGCUGUCAGUGUCUUAUUCUUGAGUCGGCUCCUACAGCCAUACAUCUGCUGCUGGAGGAGAGCCAGACUCCAUGUUUCUCUGUUUGGACUGUGUUUGCUUGCGUCCCAAAUGACACCCUAUUCCCUACGUAGUUUGCUACUUUUGACCAGGGCUCUAGUCAAAAGUAGUGCACUAUAUAGGGAAUAGGAUAGCAUUUGGGAUGCUUCCUGUGCCUCUCUUCCUGCAAGAAGGGCGAGAAGAGAGGGUGCUCUAAUGUCUUGUUAUAUCUGAUGGCUUAUCCUGGGUGGUGCUCUUGUCGUGUGUGUCCUUGGCUCAACCACGAUGUAUGAUGGCCCGUCGAGCCACAAAUCUCAAUUAUGUCCUCUGGAUAAGAAAUUUGCUGUUAGUUUAGAGGUGGAAGUGGAUGUAUCCCACAAAGGCUUGCAGGGCUGUUGUGGGGGGGUGGGGUGGGGGUGGGGUGGGGUGGGGGGGGGGGGGGGGGGGGGGGGGGGUGUAUGCGUGUGUGUGUCCCAGCUAACCAGCCCAGGCGGCAGAUGGGUGCUCUGAUUAAAACUGGGUUAUGAUGGAGCAUUAAAUUAAUGAAUAGCUGCAAUAAAAUCAUUUGGGCUCCGACAACAAAGGGAGGAAUCUGACAUAGUGCGCGGAUUAAUGCGUGAUUUGCAUAUUUAAAUGGAAACAAUGUUCAGGGUUAGCUGCCUGGUCUAAUGAUGCAUUUAGAUUCUAAUAACUCAGUUAGGGCAGCUUCCAGCAGGAACCAAACACGCCAGGUGUGUGUGUUUGUGUAUGCGUGUGUGUGUGCACGCGCCCGUGUGUGUGCACGCGCCCGUGUGUAUUUGUGCGCCCGUGUGUGUUUGAAGUCCCAUCGUUUGAAGUCUGAGUUCAUACUGUUCCCCCAUUCUCCAGAGGGGGAAACAUAUUUUAGAAUUGAAUUGAACCUUUUGUUGAUUCUGUCCAUUUAUUGCCCCUGAGUGUUCCUUCCUCCCUUCCCAGGAGCUGAAUGACCUGAGUGGUCCGGAGCCUGGUGGUUUUCUGUUCAACCUGAUCAUUAAUUGCACCCACCUGGUGUCCCAGGUCUAAAUCAGUCCCUGAUUAGAGUGGAACAAUGAGAAAAAAACACAGUAUAACUGACUUUGAGGUCCAGAGUUGAGUUUGAGGGCUCUAGUCUAUCCCAGACAGAUCUACUGUAGGAUACUGCUAUAUCUAGUCUAUCCCAGAGAGAUUUAUUGUAGGAUACUGCUAUAUCUAGUCUAUCCCAGAGAGAUCUACUGUAGGAUACUGCUAUAUCUAGUCUAUCCCAGAGAGAUCUACUGUAGGAUACUGCUAUAUCUAGUCUAUCCCAGAGAGAUCUACUGUAGGAUACUGCUAUAUCUAGUCUAUCCCAAAGAGAUCUACUGUAGGAUACUGCUAUAUCUAGUCUAUCCCAGAGAGAUCUACUGUAGGAUACUGCUAUAUCUAGUCCAUCUUAGAGAGAUCUACUGUAGGAUACUGCUAUAUCUAGUCUAUCUUAGAGAGAUCUACUGUAAGAUUCUGCUAUAUCUAGUCUAUCCCAGAGAGAUCUACUGUAGGAUACUGCUAUAUCUAGUCUAUCCCAGAGAGAUCUACUGUAGGAUACUGCUAUAUCUAGUCUAUCCCAGAGAGAUCUACUGUAGGAUACUGCUAUAUCUAGUCCAUCUUAGAGAGAUCUACUGUAGGAUACUGCUAUAUCUAGUCUAUCUUAGAGAGAUCUACUGUAGGAUACUGCUAUAUCUAGUCUAUCCCAGAGAGAUCUACUGUAGGAUACUGCUAUAUCUAGUCUAUCCCAGAGAGAUUUAUUGUAGGAUACUGCUAUAUCUAGUCUAUCCCAGAGAGAUCUACUGUAGGAUACUGCUAUAUCUAGUCUAUCCCAGAGAGAUCUACUGUAGGAUACUGCUAUAUCUAGUCUAUCCCAGAGAGAUCUACUGUAGGAUACUGCUAUAUCUAGUCUAUCCCAGAGAGAUCUACUGUAGGAUACUGCUAUAUCUAGUCUAUCCCAGAGAGAUCUACUGUAGGAUACUGCUAUAUCUAGUCCAUCUUAGAGAGAUCUACUGUAGGAUACUGCUAUAUCUAGUCCAUCUUAGAGAGAUCUACUGUAGGAUACUGCUAUAUCUAGUCUAUCCCAGAGAGAUCUACUGUAGGAUACUGCUAUAUCUAGUCUAUCCCAGAGAGAUCUACUGUAGGAUACUGCUAUAUCUAGUCUAUCCCAGAGAGAUCUACUGUAGGAUACUGCUAUAUCUAGUCCAUCUUAGAGAGAUCUACUGUAGGAUACUGCUAUAUCUAGUCUAUCCCAGAGAGCUCUACUGUAGGAUACUGCUAUAUAUAGUCUAUCCCAGAGAGAUAUACUGUAGGAUACUGCUAUAAUCUAGUCUAUCCCAGAGAGAUCUACUGUAGGAUACUGCUAUAUCUAGUCUAUCCCAGAGAGAUCUACUGUAGGAUACUGCUAUAUCUAGUCUAUCCCAGAGAGAUCUACUGUAGGAUACUGCUAUAUCUAGUCCAUCUUAGAGAGAUCUACUGUAGGAUACUGCUAUAUCUAGUCUAUCCCAGAGAGAUCUACUGUAGGAUACUGCUAUAUCUAGUCUAUCCCAGAGAGAUCUACUGUAGGAUACUGCUAUAUCUAGUCUAUCCCAGAGAGAUCUACUGUAGGAUACUGCUAUAUCUAGUCCAUCUUAGAGAGAUCUACUGUAGGAUACUGCUAUAUCUAGUUCAUCUUAGAGAGAUCUACUGUAGGAUACUGCUAUAUCUAGUCCAUCUUAGAGAUAUCUACUGUAGGAUACUGCUAUAUCUAGUAUAUCUUAGAGAGAUCUACUGUAGGAUACUGCUAUAUCUAGUCCAUCUUAGAGAGAUCUUCUGUAGGAUACUGCUAUAUCUAGUCUAUCCCAGAGAGAUCUACUGUAGGAUACUGCUAUAUCUAGUCUAUCCCAGAGAGAUCUACUGUAGGAUACUGCUAUAUCUAGUCUAUCCCAGAGAGAUCUACUGUAGGAUACUGCUAUAUCUAGUCUAUCCCAGAGAGAUUUAUUGUAGGAUACUGCUAUAUCUAGUCUAUCCCAGAGAGAUCUACUGUAGGAUACUGCUAUAUCUAGUCUAUCCCAGAGAGAUCUACUGUAGGAUACUGCUAUAUCUAGUCUAUCCCAGAGAGAUCUACUGUAGGAUACUGCUAUAUCUAGUCUAUCCCAGAGAGAUCUACUGUAGGAUACUGCUAUAUCUAGUCUAUCCCAGAGAGAUCUACUGUAGGAUACUGCUAUAUCUAGUCCAUCUUAGAGAGAUCUACUGUAGGAUACUGCUAUAUCUAGUCCAUCUUAGAGAGAUCUACUGUAGGAUACUGCUAUAUCUAGUCUAUCCCAGAGAGAUCUACUGUAGGAUACUGCUAUAUCUAGUCUAUCCAGAGAGAUCUACUGUAGGAUACUGCUAUAUCUAGUCUAUCCCAGAGAGCUCUACUGUAGGAUACUGCUAUAUAUAGUCUAUCCCAGAGAGAUAUACUGUAGGAUACUGCUAUAUCUAGUCUAUCCCAGAGAGAUCUACUGUAGGAUACUGCUAUAUCUAGUCUAUCCCAGAGAGAUCUACUGUAGGAUACUGCUAUAUCUAGUCUAUCCAGAGAGAUCUACUGUAGGAUACUGCUAUAUCUAGUCCAUCUUAGAGAGAUCUACUGUAGGAUACUGCUAUAUCUAGUCUAUCCCAGAGAGAUCUACUGUAGGAUACUGCUAUAUCUAGUCUAUCCCAGAGAGAUCUACUGUAGGAUACUGCUAUAUCUAGUCUAUCCCAGAGAGAUCUACUGUAGGAUACUGCUAUAUCUAGUCCAUCUUAGAGAGAUCUACUGUAGGAUACUGCUAUAUCUAGUCCAUCUUAGAGAGAUCUACUGUAGGAUACUGCUAUAUCUAGUCCAUCUUAGAGAUAUCUACUGUAGGAUACUGCUAUAUCUAGUAUAUCUUAGAGAGAUCUACUGUAGGAUACUGCUAUAUCUAGUCCAUCUUAGAGAGAUCUUCUGUAGGAUACUGCUAUAUCUAGUCUAUCCCAGAGAGAUCUACUGUAGGAUACUGCUAUAUCUAGUCUAUCCCAGAGAGAUCUACUGUAGGAUACUGCUAUAUCUAGUCUAUCCCAGAGAGAUUUAUUGUAGGAUACUGCUAUAUCUAGUCUAUCCCAGAGAGAUCUACUGUAGGAUACUGCUAUAUCUAGUCUAUCCCAGAGAGAUCUACUGUAGGAUACUGCUAUAUCUAGUCUAUCCCAGAGAGAUCUACUGUAGGAUACUGCUAUAUCUAGUCUAUCCCAGAGAGAUCUACUGUAGGAUACUGCUAUAUCUAGUCUAUCCCAGAGAGAUCUACUGUAGGAUACUGCUAUAUCUAGUCCAUCUUAGAGAGAUCUACUGUAGGAUACUGCUAUAUCUAGUCCAUCUUAGAGAGAUCUACUGUAGGAUACUGCUAUAUCUAGUCCAUCUUAGAGAGAUCUACUGUAGGAUACUGCUAUAUCUAGUCUAUCUUAGAGAGAUCUACUGUAGGAUACUGCUAUAUCUAGUCCAUCUUAGAGAGAUCUUCUGUAGGAUACUGCUAUAUCUAGUCUAUCCCAGAGAGAUCUACUGUAGGAUACUGCUAUAUCUAGUCUAUCCCAGAGAGAUCUACUGUAGGAUACUGCUAUAUCUAGUCUAUCCCAGAGAGAUCUACUGUAGGAUACUGCUAUAUCUAGUCUAUCCCAGAGAGAUUUAUUGUAGGAUACUGCUAUAUCUAGUCUAUCCCAGAGAGAUCUACUGUAGGAUACUGCUAUAUCUAGUCUAUCCCAGAGAGAUCUACUGUAGGAUACUGCUAUAUCUAGUCUAUCCCAGAGAGAUCUACUGUAGGAUACUGCUAUAUCUAGUCUAUCCCAGAGAGAUCUACUGUAGGAUACUGCUAUAUCUAGUCUAUCCCAGAGAGAUCUACUGUAGGAUACUGCUAUAUCUAGUCUAUCCCAGAGAGAUCUACUGUAGGAUACUGCUAUAUCUAGUCUAUCCCAGAGAGAUCUACUGUAGGAUACUGCUAUAUCUAGUCCAUCUUAGAGAGAUCUACUGUAGGAUACUGCUAUAUCUAGUCCAUCUUAGAGAGAUCUUCUGUAGGAUACUGCUAUAUCUAGUCUAUCUUAGAGAGAUCUACUAUAGGAUACUGCUAUAUCUAGUCUAUCUUAGAGAGAUCUACUGUAGGAUACUGCUAUAUCUAGUCCAUCUUAGAGAGAUCUACUGUAGGAUACUGCUAUAUCUAGUCCAUCUUAGAGAGAUCUUCUGUAGGAUACUGCUAUAUCUAGUCUAUCUUAGAGAGAUCUACUAUAGGAUACUGCUAUAUCUAGUCUAUCUUAGAGAGAUCUACUAUAGGAUACUGCUAUAUUUAGUCUAUCUUAGAGAGAUCUACUGUUGGUUACUGUUCUAUCUAGUCUAUCUUAGAGGACCUGAAUGGUUAAAUUAAAUCAGUCCUUUGGACUUGUCUAACAGGGCUUGUUCAUUGCUUUUUAAAUCAGUCGCCGAUUUAUCGCCCACCAAGGGAAUUACACUGUCUUCAUAGUUUCCUCUGUCUAUUGCUAUCAAUUUGGUUUGUGUGUGUGUGCGUGUGUGUGUGCGUGUGUGCAUGCGUGCUGUGCGUGCAUGUGUGUGUGUGUGUGUUGGUGUCAUGGUGCGGAGGCCAAGGGACCAUCCCUGUACGAGAAGGAUUAGCCCGGGAAUGGGAUUAUGACGAGUCAUAAAGUUCAACAAUGGUCACAUCAGAUGGAAGGAUGGCAGAGGGCAGUUGGCUGUAGACGCUGAUCUUUGGUCUGUGUUACUUUUUACCCCACUAAUGGUGAAGGUUAGGAUUGGGGAAAUGAAAGCUGGUCCUAGAUCUCACCCUCUCUCCCUCCCUGCCUCUUUCCCUCCCUGCCUCCCUGCAUCUCACCCUCUCUCCCUCCCUGCAUCUCUCCCUCCCUGCCUCUCUCGCUCCCUGCCUCUCUCACUCCCUGCCUCCCUGCCUCCCUGCCUCUCUCCUCCCCUGCCUCUCUCCCCUCCCUGCCUGCCUCCCUCCCUCCCUGCAUCUCACCCUCCCUCCCUCCCUCCCUCCCUCCCUCCCUCCCUCCCUCCCUCCCUCCCUCCCUCCCUCCCUGCCUCUGUCCCUCCCUGCCUCCCUGCAUCUCACCCUCUCUCCCCCCCUGCAUCUCUCCCUCCCUGCCUCUCUCCCUCCCUGCCUGUCUCACUCCCCUGCCUCUCUCCCUCCCUGCAUCUCUCCCUGCCUCUCUCCCUCCCUGCCUCUCUCCCUCCCUGCAUCUCUCCCUCCCUGCCUCUCUCCCUCCCUGCCUCUCUCCCUCCAUGCCUCUCUCCCUCCAUGCCUCUCUCCCUGCCUGCCUCCCUCCCUCCCUGCAUCUCACCCCCCUCCCUCCCUCCCUCCCUCCCUCCCUCCCUCCCUGCCUCUUUCCCUCCCUGCCUCCCUGCCUCCCUGCAUCUCACCCUCUCUCCCUCCCUGCCUCUCUCCCUCCCUGCAUCUCUCCCUCCCUGCCUCUCUCCCUCCCUGCCUCUCUCCCUCCAUGCCUCUCUCCCUCCAUGCCUCUCUCCCUCCCUGCCUCUCUCCCUCCAUGCCACUCUUCCUGCUGCCGCCUCUGCUUUGGGCCCCUCGGCUCUGCCUGCUGCAGGCUGUUGCUUGGCAACCCCCAAACAGCUUCCCUUGGAUAGGCGAGGGUUCUAAUGUUCCUGCCUGUUCUGAUCUCUGAUUGGAUGGAUGGAAGCCCAUGGAUGCCGAUGCCCAGUUUUCCAUAUUUUACACAGAAGUUUUAUCAGUGUUAUUAGUUGUAGAGGGCAUGUCGCAGCAGCAAUGGUAGCAGUAGAAGGCUGUGCAUCCCAAAUGGCACCCUAUUCUCUUUUGUAGUGCAACACUUUUGACCAGGACCCAUAGGGUGAAUAGGGUGCCCUUUGGGACGCAUACAUGGUGGUGAUUGUGCUUAGCUGUUUAGCUCUUCAGGUUAAUAUUAUCACUAGUGGCGCAGUUCCAAUGUCCAUACUAGUAAACUACUUUAAUGAAGUAAUGUAUUGGGCAUGCAUUCUAAGUGGCAUGCCAGUAUGGAUAUUGGAAGGUAGCCCAAGACUACUUAUAGGAGAAACCGUCAGAGCUCCAUGAGACGUAGAAGUCUUUGUCUUAUUCGGUGGUGUUUAGUAUUCUGUCAUUUGACCUAAUGUGGUAAGGGUUAAAGCCACAAUACUGAAUUCAUGUUUGAAAUUAAAUCACUAUUGAACAACAGUAAAUAAAACAGAUUCUACCUUUUAAAGGCACCACAGAGCAAUGAACAUUGUACCUAUCUGGUUCGUUCUGUAAUCUGUACUGAAAAUAGCAGUUUGGCCAACAGUUUGGCAUUAAUCAUAUCACAGAGUUCCAUGACCUCUUUAUUUAUGCGUCCUCCUCUCUUCUCCUCUCCCCCCAUCCUCCUCUCCUUUCUCCUGUGUGCAUCAUUGGCAGAACAUACCAUUAAAAAUAGCGUCCCCUCCCCUCCGUCAUCUGCCCCACUUUGUUGUCACCACUCGCUACUUCAACUUUCUUCCCCGGCAGCUUUUGUAGAAAGAAACCCUCGACUCCCAUCUCUGAAUAUCACCCCAGAGGUAAUGGACUAUUGGGCGUCCCAAAAUACUCUGAGACAGAGGCACGUUGUUGGUUGGUUACGUUCACAUAUUUUGACCAGGCCCCAUAUGCAGGGUCAUACGUCUGGGCGUGAUAUGCUUUUAAAGUUCCCUUUCGGUGUAGUCGGUACAUGCAGCUUUUAUAUGUUUCCUUUUAGGACAUUAGAAGUACCAACGGUCAUCUCUGUAGACUUGUUGCUCUGACGUCAUUGUUUCUGAUGCAAGGUUGUCAUCUGGCUCUGACUGCGUUCCAAAUGGCACCCUAUUCCCUAUAUAGUGCACUACUUUAUUUUCUUGGAGCAGUCCCACUCCUCACAUAUUUUCUGUUUAUGGGAUAAGACAGGUAAAGAGGUAGAGAUAGGGGAGAGAGUGUGCUGAAAUAACAGUGGGCCCGUAUUCAAACCCAUACUGCAGCGGUAUAUGAGAUCUGGAGGCAGCAGCUUAGACCACCCUAGGCCACAUAGAGUACUACAUAGGGAAUAGGGUGCCAUUUGGGACGCAGCCUUUGUCUCAGCUAGGUAACAUUACGGCAGACUUGUGUGUGUAUAGCGACUGUCUGCUACCUAAAUGUUUUAAUCCUUUGUGAGCUUUGUUGUAAAACCGAACAAGGACACAGAGUCUGUUUGUAUAAUCAUAUAUGAAGUCCUAAUCCAAGAAAGAAGAAGCUCUCAGGAGAGGAGAAUAGAAAUGCGGUUUGGAUUAUGGAGGGAAUAGAUUUAACUGUACCCUACAACAUGACAUUUCAAGGAGAUGGGCUGCGUCUCAAAUUGCACCCUAUUCCCCUUUAUAGUGCACUACUUUUGACCACAGUCCUAUGGACCCUGCAUGGUCAAAAGCAUAGACUGGUGGUGGUGGAUGGGGAGGGGGGUUGACCUCUCUGGCUCAGGCUCUGUUCUACUGUAAUUGAAGAAUGAAUGGCUCAUAAUUGUCCCAUUUCAAGUGAUCCUGAGCCAAAAUGCAAGGCAGUCUCUGUAGAGGGAUAAGGCCUGAGGGAAUGUGAUGAUAGAUAGUCAUUUACAUUAACAUGACUUAAUAUGGACAUGAUUAAAGGUAGAGUCUGAUACAACGCGUGUGAAUCUAUGGGGAUGUUUGUGUACCUGUGUGAGUGUGAGUGUGGUGUGUGGUGUGUGUGUGUGUGUGUGUGUGUGUGUGUGUGUGUGUGUGUGUGUGUGUGUGUGUGUGUUGUAAGACUGUGUGUGUGUGUCUGUGCGUGCGCGUGUUCAUAAUAAGGUUCAUGCACUUACGUAUGUACAGUAUGUGUUUACUCACUCAUGUGCGUCCUGAAAAUGACAGCAGGCAUACUCAGGGUGUUGCUAAGUGGGGCAGCUAAAACUGGGCUUCAGCAUUCACUGCUGCCUUUAAGAGGACUUUAUGCAGCCCUCCUUCGCUCUGCACCCCCCUCCCUCCCUCCCUGAUUUCUAAAUGAAGGUGUUAUUUGCUCCUAAACAUCAGAAACACAGUCUGUGCGUGCGCAUGUGUGUUGUUGUUAGCUCUAACGUAAACAAAACCCAAUAAGUUAAAGAGUGUAAGCAACAUGCUCUGCACACAUACAUACACACACACACACACACAGAUCUGUAAAGACGUCUGAAAUAUUACCAUGUCUGGCCACGUCCCCCAAACCCUUAAUUGUGUUUUUCAUUAAAGGGGCGAGAUGUGUCGCCAUUGCGCUAAUAGCCGCCAACAGAGACAGGGAGAGAGGGUGGAGACAGAAAGAGAGCGAGAGGACGAGAGGAGAGGAAGAGAAAGAGAUUAGAUUAGAUGAGUUUAAUAGUCACAUGUACAGGGUUGCAGAUGUAAUUACAGCGUACAGUGAAAUUCUUGAGCUCCAACAAUGCAGUGAAAUAAAAUAAUAUCAUUUAAAAAAUAAAAUAGAAACAAUAAUAUAUUCAUAUUAACAACUGCGGCAAUUAUACAUGUUUGUGGGGGUAGGGUAAAUGUCCGUUGAGCAGGGGGGGGGGGGACAGGGGGAGGAGGUAGCUAAUUGGUGGUGGCUAGUCAGUAGCCUGAUGGUCUAGGGGUAGAAGCAAUUGGCCAGUCUUACAGUUUUUGCCAUGAUGCUCCUGUACUGCCCGCGUCUGAGUGAUGAUCUUCUUGGCCUUCCUGUGACUACUGGUGUUGUUGGUGUCCUGGAGGGCAGGCAUUGUGCACCCAAUGGUGCGUUCGGCUGAGCGUACCACCCUCUGUAGCGCCUUGCGGUCUGCAGUUGUGGAGUUGCCAUACCAGGCUGUGAUGCAGCCCGACAGUAUGCUGUUGAUGGUGCUCCUGUAUAACACUGUGAGGGCACUCGGGGGACAAGAGCCGCUGUCGUGCCUUCUUCACCAUGAUGUCCGUGUGGUUUGACCCUUUCAGCUCCUUGGAGAUGUGUACGGUGAGGAACCUGACGUUUUUGACCGUCUCCACGGUGGCCCUGUUGAUGAGGAUUGGGGCGUGUCCAGCCUGGUUCCUCCUGAAGUCCACAAUCAGCUCCUUUGUUUUGCUGACGUUGAAGGAGAGGUUGUUUACCUGGCACCAUGCCGUCAGAGUGCCCACCUCCUCCCUGUAGGCCGUCUUGUUGUUGUUGGUAAUCAGGCCUACUACUGUCGUGUCGUCAGCGAACUUGAUGAUGGAGUUGGAGCUGUGUGAGACCACGCAGUCGUGGGUAGUACAGGAGGGUCUGAGGACGCACCCUUGUGGGGCCCCAAUGUUGAGAAUCAAUGUCGAGGAGGUAAUGUUGCCUACCUUAACCACCUGGGGGCGGCCCGUCAGGAAGUCCAGAACCAAGUUGCAUAGGGAGGAGUUCAGUCCCUGGGCCGUGAGCUUAGAGGGCACUAUGGUGUUGAAGGCCGAGCUGUAGUCAAUGAACAGCAUCCUCACAUAUGCAUUCCUUUUGUCCAGGUGGGUGAGGGCAGUGUGCAGUACAAUGGUGAUUGCGUCGUCCAUGGAUCUGUCAGGGCGGUAGGAGAGGGUCGAGUGUGUUGGGGAGGGAGGCGGUGAUGUGGUCUUUGACUAGCCUCUCGAAGCACUUCAUGAUGACGGACGUGAGUGCAACUGGUCGGUAGUCAUUCAGUUCAGUUACUUUCCCUUUCUUGGGCACAGGGAUGAUAGUGGACAGAGGGGGAAGAGAGAGAGAGAGAGAGAGAGAUAGAGAGAGAGAGAGAGAAGAGAUAAGAUAGAGAGAGAGAGCAGAGAGAGAGAGAGAUGAAUAGAAAGGUAGGAUCUAAAUGCGAUCAUCUCUCUCUCUCUUCUCUACGCUAUCUCCCUCUCUUCUCCCCCUCCUCGUCUAAAUAUGUGGGGUGUAAAUCAACCCUAUUAAUAAGGGCUCAUUAGGUAAGGCCAUUAACAGUGUAAAUCUGGAUUAACAGUGUAAAUCUGGAUUAGGACAGUUUAAACAAGCCCCAGGCCAUUAUACCUCCUCAGUUUGAUUAUUCACCUGAAUGUUUGAUCAUUGCCACAUCAAUCCAAUGUAACCUAUCCGUCAGUAGCCCACGUUCAUGGCAAACUGUGUACCUUUUGUCCCUCCAAAGCAGCCCUAGGCUUGCAUCCUAAAUGGCAACCUAUUCCCUAUAUAAUGCACUACUUUUGAUUAAAGCCUUAUGGGCUCAAAAGUAGUGUACUACAUAGGGGAUAGGCUGCCAUUUUGAACGCAGCCCUAGUCUCAACGUGCCAGAGAGUGAGUGGUCAAAUAUGAAACACCUGCAUAGAGGGAAAGGGUUUGUUUUUCCUGCAUUUCUCAUAUAUUCCUUUGAGACUCCAGAUUUGUCAUGAUGGAAGCGGAUAUUAAUUGACAGCAUGGACAAAGAACUGUCGGAAUAUGUCACAUAUAUUUUAUUGUUAAUAAAGAGCAAGGAAAUAAUCAACUGGGUGAUGCUAUCUAACUUAUUUUUUUGGAAGAGUGUUCAGAUAUUGAUUGUUGUUGUUGCUGAUGAUGUUGUUGUUGUUGUUGACAUGCAUGAGCCCACCACUCACCAGCCCAUCUCUUCUCUCUGUGUAUCCCUACAGGCGGACCCCCAGGGGCAGGACAUAGCCAUCCGGCCCUUCCUGGAACACUGUGAGAACACACACAUGACCAUUUGGCUGGGGAUCGUCUACGCUUACAAGGGCCUGCUUAUGGUGAGUAAGAAGAGAGACUGUGGUGUGUGUGUGUGCCAAAUCAAAUCAAUCCAUUUUAUUUGUCACAUGCGCCAAAUACAACAGGUGAAAUGCUUACUUACAAGCCCUUAACCAACAAUACAGUUUUAAGCAAAAUAAGUGUUAAGUAAACAAUAGAUAAGUAAAAAAUAAAAGCAGUAAAAUGACAGUAAAAAUAACAGUAGCGAGGCUGUAUACAGGGGUAGCGGUACAGAGUCAAUGUGCAGGGGCACCCCCCCCUAAAAAAAAAAACUUUUUUUAAAAAGAUUUAAAAAUUAUAUAUAUAUAUAUAUAUGAAUAGAAAACAUACAAACAAUAUAUAAAAAUACAUUGUAAAGUGGUUGUACUACUGCUUGUAAGGUGAAUGCACCAAUUUGUAAGUCGCUCUGGAUAAGAGCGUCUGCUAAAUGACGUAAAUGUAAAUGUAAAUGUAAUAUGUACAUGUAGGUAUAGUUAAAGUGACUAUGCAUAGAUAAUAAACAGAGAGUAGCAGCAGCGUAAAAGAGGGGGUGGGGGGGGCAAUACAAAUAGUCUGGGUGGCCAUUUGACUAGCUGUUCAGGAGUCUUAUGGCUUGGGAGUAGAAGCUGUUAAGAAGCCUUUUGGACCUAGACUUGGCGCUCCGGUACCGCUUACCGUGCGUUAGCAGACAGAACAGUCUAUGACUAGGGUGGCUGGAGUCUUUGACAGUUUUUAUGGCCUUCCUCUGACACCGCCUGGUAGGCAAGGAAGCUUGGCCACAGUGAUGUACUGGGCCGUACGCACUACCCUCUGUAGUGCCUUGCAGUCAGAGGCCGAGCAGUUGCCAUACCAGGCAUUGAUGCAACCAGUCAGGAUGUUCUCGAUGGUGCAGCUGUAGAACUUUUUGAGGAUCUGAGGACCCAUGCCAAAUCUUUUCAGUCUCCUGAGGGGGAAUAGGCUUUGUUGUGCCCUCUUCACAACUGUCUUGGUGUGUUUGGACCAUGAUAGUUUGUUGGUGAUGUGGACACCAAGGAACUUGAAGCUCUCAACCUGCUCCACUACAGCCCAGUCAAUGAGAAUUGGGGCAUGCUCGGUUCUUCUUUUCCUGUAGUCCACAAUCAUCUCCUUUGUCUUGAUCACGUUGAGGGAGAGGUUGAUAUCCUGGCACCACACGGCCAGGUCUUUGACCUCCUCCCUAUAGGCUGUCUCAUCGUUGUCGGUGCUCAGGCCUACCACUGUUGUGUCGUCGGCAAACUUAAUGAUGGUGUUGGAGUCGUGCCUGGCCAUGCAGACAUGGGUGAACAGGGAGUACAGGAGGGGACUGAGCAUGCACCCCUGAGGGGCCCCUGUGUUGAGGAUCAGCGUGGCAGAUGUGUUGUUACCUACCCUUACCACCUGGGGGCGGCCCGUCAGGAAGUCCAGGAUCCAGUUGCAGAGGGAGGUGUUUAGUCCCAGGGUCCUUAGCUUAGUGAUGAGCUUUGAGGGUAGUAUGGUGUUGAACACUGAGAAUGAAUAGCAUUCUCACGUAGGUGUUUCUUUUGUCCAGGUGGGAAAGGGCAGUGUGGAGUGCAAUAGAGAUUGCAUCAUCCGUGGAUCUGUUGGGGCGGAAUGCAAAUUGAAGUGGGUAUAGGGUUUCUGGGAUAAUGGUGUUAAUGUGAGUCAUGUCCAGCCUUUCAAAGCACUUCAUGGCUACAGACGUGAGUGCUACGGGUCUGUAGUCAUUUAGGCAGGUUACCUUAGUGUUCUUGGGCACAGGGACUAUGGUUGUCUGCUUGAAAUGUCAGUGAAGACACUUGCCAGUUGGUCAGCGCAUGCUCGGAGUACAUGUCCUGGUAAUCCGUCUGGCCCUGCGGCCUUGUGAAUGUUGAUCUGUUUAAAGGUCUUACUCACAUCGGCUACGGAGAGCGUGUUCACACAGUCGUCCGGAACAGCUGAUGCUCUCAUGCAUGCUUCAGUGUUGCUUGCCUCGAAGCGAGCAUAGAAGUGAUUUAGCUCGUCUGGUAGGUUCGUGUCACUGGGCAGCUCGCGGCUGUGCUUCCCUUUGUAGUCUGUAAUAGUUUGCAAGCCCUGCCACAUCCGACGAGCGUCAGAGCCGGUGUAGUACGAUUCAAUCUUAGUCCUGUAUUGACUCUUUGCCUGUUUGAUGGUUCGUCGGAGGGCAUAGCGGGAUUUCUUAUAAGCGUCCGGAAUAGAGUCCCGCUCCUUAAAAGCAGCAGCUCUACCCUUUAGCUCAGUGCGGAUGUUACCUGUAAUCCAUGGUAUCUGGUUGGGAUAUGUACGUACAGUCACUGUGGGGACGACGUCAUCAAUGCACUUAAUGAUGAAGCCAGUGACUGAUGUGGUGUACUCCUCAAUGCCAUCGGAAGAAUCCCUGAACAUAUUCCAGUCUGGUAGCUUAGAAAAACAUCCCUGUAGCUUAGCAUCUGACCACUUCUUUAUUGACCGAGUCACUGGUGCUUCCUGCUUUAGUUUUUGUUUGUAAGCAGGAUUCAGGAGGAUAGAAUUGUGGUCAGAUUUGCCAAAUGGAGGGCGUGGGUAAGCUUUUUAUGCGUCUUUGUGUGUGGAGUAAAGGUGGUCUAGAGUUUUUUUUCCUCUGGUUGCACAUUUAACAUGCUGGUAGAAAUUAGGUAAAACGGAUUUAAGUUUCCCUGCAUUAAAGUCCCCGGCCACUAUGAGUGCCGCCUCAGGAUGAGCAUUUUCCUGUUUGUUUAUGGCCUUAUACAGCUCAUUGAGUGCGUUCUUAGUGCCAGCAUCGGUUUGUGGUGGUAAAUAGACCGCUACGAAAAAUAUAGAUGAAAACUCAAUUGGUAAAUAGUGUGGUCUACAGCUUAUCAUGAGAUACUCUACCUCAGGCGAGCAAAACCUCGAGACUUCCUUAAUAUUAGAUUUUGUGCCCCAGCUGUCGUUUACAAAUAUACAGAGACCGCCCUUGUCUUACCGGAGGCCGUUGUUCUAUCUUGCCGAUGCAGCGUAAGCUCCGCCAGCUGUUGUUCAGCCACGACUCGGUGAAACGUAAGAUAUUACAGUUUUUAAUGUCCUGUUGGUAGGAUAUUGGUGAUCGUGGCUCGUCAAUUUUGUUAUCCAAUGAUUGUACGUUGGCUAAUAGGGCUGAUGGAAGAGGCAGAUUACCCACUCGCCGUCGGAUCCUUACAAGGCACCCCUCACCUAUGUCCCCGAUAUCUCCGUCUCUUUCUCCUGCGAAUGACAGGGAUUUGGGCGUUGUCGGGUGUCUGAAGUAAAUCCUUCGCGUCCGACUCGAUGAAAUAAAAAAUAAUCUUUGUCCAGUACGAGGUGAGUAAUUGCUGUCCUGAUAUCCAGAAGCUCUUUUCGGUCAUAAGAGACGGUGGCAGAAACAUUAUGUACAAAAUAAGUUACAAAUAACACGAAAAAACACACAAUAACACAUAAUAGCGCAAUUGGUUAGGAGCCUGUAAAACGGCAGCCAUCUCCUCCGGCGCCAUUAUCUACAUUUUCUACUGUGUGUGCGUGUGUGUGUGUGCGUGCGUGUGUGUGCACGCAUGUGUGUGUGUGUGUGUGUGUGUGUGCACGUCCAUCGAUACCUACAAAGGCCUACUCAUGGUUAGGGAGGUAGUCUGUGAGACACAGGGAAGGAAGAGAUGUUCAAUAACAAGUUCUCUGCCACACACAAAGCACACAUAUGGUAAAUAUAUCUGUGUCUACAUACAGUGAGGGAAAAAAGUAUUUGAUCCCCUAAUGAUUUUCUAUGUUUGCCCACUGACAAAGAAAUGAUCAGUCUAUAAUUUUAAUGGUAGGUUUAUUUGAACAGUGAGAGACAGAAUAACAACAAAAAAAUCCAGAAAAACGCAUGUCAAAAAUGUUAUAAAUUGAUUUUCAUUUUAAUGAGGGAAAUAAGUAUUUGACCCCUCUCAAUCAGCAAGAUUUCUGCCUCCCAGGUGUAUUUUAUACAGGUAAAGAGCUGAGAUUAUGAGCACACUCUUAAAGGGAGUGCUCCUAAUCUCAGUUUGUUACCUGUAUAAAAGACACCUGUCCACAGAAGCAAUCAAUCAAUCAGAUUCCAAACUCUCCACCAUGGCCAAGACCAAAGACCUCUCCAAGGAUGUCAGGGACAAGAUUGUAGACCUACACAAGGCUGGAAUGGGCUACAAGACCAUCGCCAAGCAGCUUGGUGAGAAGGUAACAACAGUUUGUGCGAUUAUUCGCAAAUGGAAGAAACACAAAAGAACUGUAAAUCUCCCUCGGCCUGGGGCUCCAUGCAAGAUCUCACCUCGUGGAGUUGCAAUGAUCAUGAGAACGGUGAGGAAUCAGCCCAGAACUACACGGGAGGAUCUUGUCAAUGAUCUCAAGGCAGCUGGGACCAUAGUCACCAAGAAAACAAUUGGUAACACACUACGCCGUGAAGGACUGAAAUCCUGCAGCACCCGCAAGGUCCCCCUACUCAAGAAAGCACAUAUACAGGCCCAUCUGAAGUUUGCCAAUGAACAUCUGAAUGAUUCAGAGGAGAACUGGGUGAAAGUGUUGUGGUCAGAUGAGACCAAAAUCGAGCUCUUUGGCAUCAACUCAACUCGCCGUGUUUGGAGGAGGAGGAAUGCUGCCUAUGAUCCCAAAAACACCAUCCCCACCGUCAAACAUGGAGGUGGAAACAUUAUGCUUUGGGGGUGUUUUUCUGCUAAGGGGACAGGACAACUUCACCGCAUCAAAGGGACGAUGGACAGGGCCAUGUACCGUCAAAUCUUGGGUGAGAACCUCCUUCCCUCAGCCAGGGCAUUGAAAAUGGGUCGUGGAUGGGUAUUCCAGCAUGACAAUGACCCAAAACACACGGCCAAGACAACAAAGGAGUGGCUCAAGAAGAAGCACAUUAAGGUCCUGGAGUGGCCUAGCCAGUCUCCAGACCUUAAUCCCAUAGAAAAUCUGUGGAGGGAGCUGAAGGUUCGAGUUGCCAAACGUCAGCCUCGAAACCUUAAUGACUUGGAGAAGAUCUGCAAAGAGGAGUGGGACAAAAUCCCUCCUGAGAUGUGUGCAAACCUGGUGGCCAACUACAAGAAACGUCUGACCUCUGUGAUUGCCAACAAGGGUUUUGCCACCAAGUACUAAGUCAUGUUUUGCAGAGGGGUCAAAUACUUAUUUCCCUCAUUAAAAUGCAAAUCAAUUUAUAACUUUUUUGACAUGCGUUUUUCUGGAUUUUUGUUGUUGUUAUUCUGUCUCUCACUGUUCAAAUAAACCUACCAUUAAAAUUAUAGACUGAUCAUGUCUUUGUCAGUGGGUAAAUGUACAAAAUCAGCAGGGGAUCAAAUACUUUUUUCCCUCACUGUUUGUUAGAUGUCGAUUUCAUCAGGCAUAGAGCACAUUCUAUUAUUCUAUGUAAAUACUGGGGUAUGACUCCUACUUUACACAUAGAGAAAGAGCACAUGGCCUGGCAUUGAAUUUUCAUUAGUGUAUAGACAGGAAACUGAGUUCAUUGAUAGAUUACCGACAAUUAACUUGUCCUUUAUUAAAGACACCCUUUCACUGUGAGAAAGAGAAAUACAGGAAACACAAAAGUAUUCAACUUUGACACCUCUUUGAUCACUGUUCUCUCCCCAACUAUAUAAGGGUGCUACCAUUCUGUAGUGACUAAGUUAAUUGUGAGGUGAGCCCCUCACCUGCCACACCUUGUGUGUGUGUGUGUGUGUGUGUGUGUGUGUGUGUGUGUGUCACACUCACCAUGCCUUCAAGCAGAGCUCCCAGUGACGUAGUUCACCGAGCCCCUCCAGAAGCCCAGGGUUUCUAAAUGAAAUGUGACAACUUUGAAAAUGUUCUUCUUCCCUUCGGCUGGCAUGUUUGAAUACCUUAACUAGCCUAGACUGUAAAUAAUUCAGCCUUUAAGUCCACUUAUAGCCAUGAGAGAGAACGAGAGAGAGAAAGAGUGGGAGAGAGAUACAGGUUUUGCAAGAGAAAAAAAAGCUAGAGAGAAAGAGAGAGAGGAGAGCUAGAGAGAGAAAAGAGAGGGAGAGAGAGAGAACAGACAGGUGGAGAGAGAUGAAGAGAGAGAGGGUGGGAUGAGGAAGAGAGUGAGAGAGAGGGGUGUGUGUUAGAGAGAAAGAAAGAGGGAUGAAGCCUAAGAACGGUAAAAACAGUGAGAGGCAGACAGAAAAAAAGGAGAGUGAGAGAGAGAGUAAAACAAAAAGAGAAAGAGAGAACAGACAGAGGGAGAGCACAGGGACAGAAAGAGAGAACAGACAGAGGGAGAGCACAGGGACAGAAAGAGAGAGAGAACAGACAGAAGGAGAGCACAGGGACAGAAAGAGAGAGAGAACAGACAGAAGGAGAGCACAGGGACAGAAAGAAAGAGAGAACAGACAGAGGGAGAGCACAGGGACAGAAAGAAAGAGAGAACAGACAGAAGGAGAGCACAGGGACAGAAAGAAAGAGAGAACAGACAGAGGGAGAGCACAGGGACAGAAAGAAAGAGAGAACAGACAGAGGGAGAGCACAGGGACAGAAAGUGAGAGAGAACAGACAGAGGGAGAGCACAGGGACAGAAAGAGAGAGAAAACAGACAGAGGGAGAGCACAGGGACAGAAAGAAAGAGAGAACAGACAGAGGGAGAGCACAGGGACAGAAAGUGAGAGAGAACAGACAGAGGGAGAGCACAGGGACAGAAAGAGAGAGAAAACAGACAGAGGGAGAGCACAGGGACAGAAAAAAAGAGAGAACAGACAGAGGGAGAGCACAGGGACAGAAAAGAAAGAGAACAGACAGAGGAGAGCACAGGGACAGAAAGAAGAGAGAGAAACAGACGAGGAGAGCACAGGGACAAAAGAAAGAGAGAACGACAGAGGGAGAGCACAGGGACAGAAAGAGAGAACAGACAGAAGGAGAGCACAGGGACAGAAAGAAAGAGAGAACAGACAGAAGGAGAGCACAGGGACAGAAAGAAAGAGAACGACAGAAGAGAGCAAGACGAAAAAGAAGCGAGAGCACAGGGACAGAAAGAAAGAGAGAACAGACGAGGGAGAGCACAGGGACAGAAAGAAAGAGAAAACAGACAGAGGGAGAGCACAGGGACAGAAAGAAAGAGAGAACAGACAGAGGGAGAGCACAGGGACAGAAAGAAAGAGAGAACAGACAGAGGGAGAGCACAGGGACAGAAAGAAAGAGAGAACAGACAGAAGGAGAGCACAGGGACAGAAAGAAAGAGAGAACAGACAGAGGGAGAUCGCAGGGACAGAAAGAAAGACACAUGGGGCGACAGACUUCAAAGUUCUUGUGUCUGAGACAAACCUGGGACAUGACAAUAGUAGGAGCAGCAUCUGAGGGUUGAGUCAUCAUCUCUAUAUGGCACACACACACACACACACACACACACCUAUUUGUCAUCUGUGACGACUGCCCCUGAAAUGCUGCUACUUGUCAUUUUAGUUUAAGACUCAUUAACAGUUCAAUUAAUCCCACUCUACAGCGCUUAACUCCUACAUUAUUCAUUAGAAUGUUGAGAGACACUGGGGUUCUGUUCUGGAAUACUCCAUGAAGUGAACACUCAGAAAAUAACCCAUUUAUGACCCCAAAAUCAAAAGGCUUUCUAAGUUUACAUUCAAUGCUGCUGUCUGCUAUAGGGUGCUGUAGGUCACGUUAGAUGGUAUAAUUCAUGUAUUUUGUGUACAUAAUGAGCUGUCUCCCUUCUAUUUUAUUUUCUCCUCCCCUCUCCUCCUGCCCUCUCCUCCCCUCUCUUCUGACUUUUCUGUUCCUCUCCUCUCGUCCUACCCUCCUCUUCUCCUCUCCUCUCUCCUCUUCUCUACUCCUACCCUUCUCUCCUCUCCCCUCUCCUCCAGUUGUUUGGUUGUUUCCUGGCCUGGGAGACGAGGAAUGUGAGCAUCCCGGCCCUGAAUGACAGCAAGUACAUCGGGAUGAGUGUGUACAAUGUGGGCAUCAUGUGUAUCAUCGGGGCAGCCGUGUCCUUUCUCACGCGAGACCAGCCCAAUGUGCAGUUCUGCAUCGUGGCUCUGGUCAUCAUCUUCUGCAGUACCAUCACUCUCUGUCUGGUGUUUGUGCCAAAGGUAAGGACGACAGAAAAUAGCAGUGUCACUUCCUGUCCAUCCAAGGUGCAUGAACUGUAGAACAAACUACACUGAACAAAAAUAUAAACGCAACAUGUAAAGUGUUGGUCCCAUGUUUCAUGAGCUGAAAUAAAAGAUUCCAGAAAUGUUCCAUACGGAUAAAAAGCUUAUUUCUCUCAAAUUUUGUGCACAAAUUUGUUUACAUCCCUUUUAGUGAACAUUUCUCCUUUGCCAAGAUAAUCCAUCCACCUGACAGGUGUGGCAUAUCAAGAAGCUGAUUAAACAGCAUGCUCAGGUGCAUCUUGUGCUGGGGACAAUAAAAGGCCACUCUAAACUGUGCAGUUUUGUCACACAACACAAUGCCACAGAUGUCUCAAGUUUUGAGGGAGCGUGCAAUUGGCAUGCUGACUGCAGGAACGUCCACCAUAAGCCACCUCCAACGUUGUUUUAGAGAAUUUGGCAGUACGUCCAACCGGCCUCACAACCGCAGACCACGUGUAACCAUGCCAGCCCAGGACCUCCACAUCCGGCUUCUUCACCUGCGGGAUCUUCUGAGACCAGCCACCCAGACAACUGAUGAAACUAAGCAGUUUUUAUGCCUGUAUUAAAGCUCUUUUGUGGGGAAAAACUAAUUCUGAUUGGCUGGGAAUGGCUCCCCAAUGGGUGGGCCUAUGCCCUCCAAGGCCCACCCAUGGCUGUGCCCCUGCCCAGUCAUGUGAAAUCCAUAGAUUAGGGCCUAAUGAAUUUAUUUGAAUUGACUGAUUUCCACUCUUAAGAGGAUCUCAGAAAGUAUAACGUUACUGAUUGUAUGAACUACUUUCCCUUGUACUUUCCCUUGUAUUUAAAACAUUAAAAUGUGAGUGAGUAAGUGUAACAUGACACCAGAGGAGGAAUGGGAUGUGACACCUUAACCUGUCCUUCUAAGCCACUCCCCUUUAUUAUGACAACUUGCAGUUCAUCACGAUGAGGACCAAUCCGGACGCAGCUACUCAGAACCGUAGGUUAAAGUUCAAUACGAACCAGAAGAAAGAGGACUCCAAGAUGUCCACGUCAGUAACCAGUGUGAACCAGGCUAACACGUCCAGACUGGACGGCCUGCAGACCGACAACCACCGCCUCCGCAUGAAGAUAACAGAGGUGACUUCAUCAUUAUGUUGUCUUGUGUCACGUCAUGUUUCACGAAGAGGGCAAGUAGUCUUUCCCCACCACAUGACCUGACCUGUUACCUACAUUUAGUACCCAGAGGUUUCCCUGGUCAACUUUACAUGGUCAGAAAAAACUCCUGUUGAUGAAGAUCAUUGUGACCAGAAUGACACCCUGUUUUUUAGGAUUUACUGUAUCUAAAGUAUGGUAUUAUUCAUUGGUGAGAGUAGGAGAGGUCACACUUAGAGCCUGCCUUAUCUCUAAUAGGCCCUGUCUGUCAGUAGCACCAUCUUGUAUCCUCCUUUCUACUUUAAUUUACAAAUAUAUGAUGUUUUAUGUCUUUGACGUUGAAUGACAUGAGGAGAAAUCUCAUGCCAAUCACUUUUCCAGAAAUCUCUCUGCAUUUCACUGUAUCUACUCCCUUCUAGCAGUGUAAGAGUAGCCGUUGCCUCAGUGUAAGAGUAGUUGUUGCCCUUCUAGUUGUUGCUAGUGCUUGAAGUACAAUGGAGUUGAAUAGAAACGUAUCAAAAUCAAUACAUUUCCAUAGACGGCCCUGAUCUGUCCUUGACGCUUUUUUCCUAUCACUGUUUAACAACUCUAUUUUAACAACUUAACACUAUUUUAACCCCUUAACCCCUUUUAACACAAUUUAUCUGUGCAGUUGGAUAAGGAACUGGAGGAGGUGACCAUGCAGCUGCAGGACACCCCAGAGAAGACCCCGUACAUCAAACAGAACCACUACGGAGACGUCAACAACAUCCUUAGCAUACGCAACUUUACAGACGGCAAAGGUGACAUGCCGCUGCUACUUUUGUAUACACUUCUACAGUAUCAUUUACAUUUACAUUUUAGUCAUUUAGCAGACGCUCUUAUCCAGAGCGACUUACAGUUAGUGUAUACAUAUCUUUUUAUACUGGCCCCCCGUGGGAAUCGAACCCACAACCCUGGCGUUGCAAACGCCAUGCUCUAUCAACUGAGCUACAUCCCUGCCGGCCAUUCCCUCCCCUACCCUGGACGACGCUGGGCCAAUUGUGCGCCGCCCAUGAGUCUCCCGGUCGCGGCCGGCUGCGACAGAGCCUGGAUUCGAACCAGGAUCUCUAGUGGCACAGUUAGCACUGCGAUGCAGUGCCUUAGACCAGACACACCUCUGUCAGCCUGGACUGCUGCUGACACAUUAACUGUCUACACAUUGUUCUCUCUGAAGAGAUUAACACUAUCUGUCCACCGAAUACAGUACAUAGGCAACAACAAGCUUUUAAUUGUUACUCCAGUUUCUUGUCUGCUAAUUAUGAUACCGUACUACUAUCUCUGUGUGUGAGAGCUUCAGUUUCCUCGGUGUCCACAUCACUAAGGAUUUAUUAGGGUCCACAUGUCAACACAGUUGUGAAGAGGGCACGACAACACCUAUACCCCCUCAGGAGGCUAAAAAUAUUUAACAUGGGCCCUCAGAUCCUCAAAAAGUUAUCAAGAGCAUCUUGACUGGCUGCAUCACCGCUUGGUACGGCAACUGCUCGGCAUCCAACCCUAAGGCGCUACAGAGGGUAGUGCGUAUGGCCCAGUACAUCACUGGGGCCGAGCUCCCUGCCAUCCAGGACCUCUAUACCAAAUGGUCAAAAACUCCAGCCACCCAAGUCAUAGACUGUUCUCUCUGCUACCGCACGGCAAGCGGUACCGGAGCUCCAAGUCUGGGACUCUCUUGCACUGGCUCUAUGCACACACUCACUGGACUCUACUCACACACUCACACAUACUACACUGACACUCCAAUACACACACACACACACACACACACACACACACACACACACUACAUACACAAAACACACACACACACAUGCAUAUUGAUGCCCAUACACACACACUCACACAUAGACACACGUUCAGACUAUUCACAUAUGCUUCUGGUACUCUGUUUAUUAUCUAUCCUGAUUACCUAGUCACUUUUACCCCUACUUACAUUUACAUAUUACCUCAAUUACCUCAACUACCUCGUACCCCUGCACAUUGACUCGGUACCAGUACUCCUUGUAUAUAGCCUCGUUAUUGUUAUUUUAUUGUUACUAUUUUAAAAACAUAUAUACACUACCGGUCAAAGGUUUUAGAACACAUACGCAUUCAAGGGUUUUUCUUUAUUUUUACUAUUCUCUCCAUUGUAGAAUAAUAGUGAAGACAUCAUCAAAACUAUGAAAUAACACAUAUGGAAUCAUGUAGUAACCAAAAAAGUGUUAAACAAAUCAAAGUAUAUUUUAUAUUUGAGAUUCUUCAAAUAGCAACCCUUUGCCUUGAUGACAGCUUUGCACACUUUUGGCAUUCUCUCAACCAGCUUCACCUGGAAUGCUUUUCCAACAGUCCUGAAGGAGUUCCCACAUAUGCUGAGCACUUGUUGGCUGCUUUUCCUUCCCUCUGCGUUCCGACUCAUCCCAAACCAUCUCAAUUUGGUUGAGGUCGCGGGAUUGUGGAGGCCAGGUCAUCUGAUGCAGCACUCCAUCACUCUUUUUCUUGGUAAAAUAGCACUUACACAGCCUGGAGGUGUGUUGGGUCAUUGUCCUGUUGAAAAACAAAUGAUAGUCCCACUAAGCCCAAACCAGAUGGGAAUCGCUGCAGAAUGCUGUGGUAGCCAUGCUAGUUAAUUGUGCCUUGAAUUCUAAAUAAAUCACAGACAGUGUCACCAGCAAAGCACCCCCACACCAUCACACCUCCUCCUCUAUGCUUUAAGGUGGGAGCUACACAUGCAGAGAUCAUCCGUUCACCCACACCGCGUCUCACAAAGACACGGCGGUUGGAACCAAAAAUCUCAAAUUUGGACUCCAGACCAAAGGACAAAUUUCAUGUUUCUUGGCCCAAGCAGGUCUCUUCUUAUUAUUGGUGUCCUUUAGUAGUGGUUUCUUUGCAGCAAUUUGACCAUGAAGGCCUGAUUCACACAGUCUCCUCUGAACAGUUGAUGUUGAGAUGUGUCUGUUACUUGAACUCUGUGAAGCAUUUAUUUGGGCUGCAAUUUCUGAGGCUGGUAACUUUAAUGAACUUAUCCUCUGCAGCCGAGGUAACUCUAGGUCUUCCAUUCCUGUGGCGGUCCUCAUGAGAGCCAGUUUCAUCAUAGCGCUGGAGGGUUUUUGCGACUGCACUUGAAAAAACUUUCAAAGUUGAAAUGUUCCAUAUUGACAGACCUUCAUGUCUUAAAGUAAUGAUGGACUGUCGUUUCUCUUUGCUUAUUUAAGCUGUUCUUGCCAUGAUAUAUGGACUAUGCCUUUUACCAAAUAGGGCUAUCUUCUGUAUACCCCCCCCCCCCCCCCCCCCCCCCACCUUGUCACAACACAACUGAUUGGCUCAAACGCAUUAAGAAGGAAAUAAAUUCCACAAAUUAACUUUUAAGACGGCACACCUGUUAAUUGAAAUGCAUUUCAGGUGACUACCUCAUGAAGCUGGUUAAGAGAAUGCCAAAAGUGUGCAAAGCUGUCAUCAAGGCAAUUUGAAGAAUCUCAAAUAUAAAAUAUAUUUUAAUUUGUUUAACACUUUCUUGGUUACUACAUGACUACAUAUGUGUUAUUUCAUAGUUUUGAUGUCGGACUCGUAAGUAAGCAUUUCAAGGUAAAGUUGUGUUCGGCAUGUGACAAAUAACAUUUUAUUUGAUUUUGAUAUCUUGUCGACAACUACACCACAGUGCCUCUAUUAGUUCAGUACUACAGUAUCCCAACCCCAAGUUUGUUGAUUAUUCAAUGAUAAGCUUCUGUUCAGAAUGCAGGCUGACAGACAGACAUAUAAUGGGUCAUUAUAUUCACCAUAAGGAUUCAGCCACAUCUUAGAGCACAUCACCACAUCCAUAUCUCUGCCUGAGAAUCCUCAUCGCUCCUCUAACUGCAGCAAUCAGUAUUCAUGAGACUUCCUGGACUAAACGCUGUGAAUGAGUGGCUGUUAUGAGUACGACACAGUGUCAACAGUGAUUACAAUCACAACCAAGCACGAGCAACACUCUCAGUAGGCCAUGAAUAUUCAUCAGCACAUCGUGUGGCCUGGUGGAGGUUGAGCGGUGGGGUUGAAUGACUCAAGGACUAUGACACCACCCAUAUUAGGAAUUCCCUCAGUUGAAUUCCCCCAGUUGAACAGAGUUUGGUCUGACAAUUGAGUCUAUGGAUGCUGUAGAGGAUCUGGAGAAUAACACAGAACAAGGUUAUUGCUCAGGAGGUAGUGACUUUUCACAAUAAAUUGCACUUGCACUUUGACACCGUCCCACCGACACUUUUUUCAGAGGUGGGUUUAUGCAUUUUGUAAUCUCUAAACAGGAUUAUACCGUGAAUCGCAUGAAUUGCUCAUAUGCAACCAAGUCCAUAUGAAUCCAUUAUGCUAUGUUAACAUAUCCGCUGCAGUAGCCCUAUCUAACAAUCAGAGAAAAGAAGUACAAGGAAGCAGCUUUUUUCCAUCAGAGGGAGGUUAUUUUUAUCUAAAUAGUUUCCACCUCCUCCUCUUUAGAUGCAUAUUGAGGACACAAUGCUGCGGUGUGAUCUUCAAAUCAGGUCAAUGUUAUGCUAAGAGGUUAAAAUCUGGGACAACUGGAGAGGAAAAAAUAGACGCAAAAGGGGAUACUUUCGGGCCUCCCCAGGUGCUGUUUGAAAGACUGACAAGGCUGUUUACUUUCAUUCCAACCGUGUUCACACUCUCCGUCUGUCUCCCACGGUGAUGAGUCUGUUCCCCCCCUGGACUGAAAUAUUUCCCACAACAUCAUGAAGCACAGCAGUCUCCCUCUCUCUCCAUCUCUCCAUCUCUCUCUCCAUCUCUCUCUGUCUCUCCUCAUUUAUCUCUCUCUCUCUCUCUCUCUCUCUCUCUCUCUCUCUCUCUCUCUCUCUCUCUCUCUCUCUCUUUCUCUGUCGCUCUGACUAUGCUACCAGCAGAGCUCCAUUUGACAUGUGUUGAACUCAUAGAACAGAAGUGUUUUUAGUGUUUUUGAUGUAAUUCUCAACAGAUAUUGUAUCAGAAAAUUGAAGCUCUAACAGACAAAUUAAGAUUUCAAAAAUCUUCAGUCAAUAUUUUCAUACUUAGCAUUUGUUUUGAGAGAGUGCUUGACAUGCAUUUUGUAAUGAUACAGUAGCUAUUAAUAUGACUUAUAAUAGCUACUGUAUUAAUAGCUACAUCCUUCUGUGGCCUUAGCUUCUCAGGUGUUUUGAUCUGAACCAAGGAGAGAGGACAUAUACAGUGGGGGCAUCGUAAAUGGCACCCUAUACCCUAUAUAGCAGUGGUAUUCAAACUUUUUUAUUUAAGAAUAUCUCGCGACCCGGCCACACCCCAAAUCUGUACAUUUAGAUUUUUAUAUCAACAAAUAACCUUCAAUUCAUUACAUUUUCAUGAAACCAAUAAAUGUAUUUACUCAAUAACAUUUAGUUUUUCAAUGUAUCUUUCUCAUAAAGGUGUGUAUAUUCUCACUUACAAACAUCUGCAAUCUAAUUUUUUUGUGUGUACAGUUGAAGUCGGAUGUUCACAUACACUUAGGUUGGAGUCAUUAAAACUAGUUUUUCAACCACUCCACAAAUGUCUUGUUAACAAACUAUAGUUUUGGUAAGUCGGUUAGGACAUCUACUUUGUGCAUGACACAAGUAAUUUUUCCAACAAUUGUUUACAGACAGAUUAUUUCACUUAUAAUUCACUGUAUCACAAUUCCAGUGGGUCAGAAGUUUACUAAGUUGAUUGUGCCUUUAAACAGCUUGGGAAAUUCCAGAAAAUGAUGUCAUGGCUUUAGAAGCUUAUGAUAGGCUAAUUGACAUAAUUUGAGUCAAUUGGAGGUGUAACUGUGAAUGUAUUUCAAGGCCUACCUUCAAACUCAGUGCCUCUUUGCUUGACAUCAUGGGAAAAUCAAAAGAAAUCAGCCAAGACCUCAGAAAAUAAAUGGUAGACCUCCACAAGUCUGGUUCAUCCUUGGGAGCAAUUUCCAAAUGCCUGAAGGUACCACGUUCAUCUGCACAAACAAUAGUACGCAAGUAUAAACACCAUGGGACCACGCAGCCGUCAUACCGUUCAGGAAGGAGACGCGUUCUGUCUCCUAGAGAUGAACGUACUUUGGUGCGAAAAGUGCAAAUCAAUCCCAGAACAACAGCAAAGGACCUUGUGAAGAUGCUGGAGGAAACAGGUACAAAAGUAUCUAUAUCCACAGUAAAACGAGUCCUAUAUCGACAUAACCUGAAAGGCCGCUCAGCGAGGAAGAAGCUACUGCUCCAAAACCUCCAUAAAAAAGCCAGACUACGGUUUGCAACUGCACAUGGGGACAAAGAUCGUAGUUUUUGGAGAAAUGUCCUCUGGUCUGAUGAAACAAAAAUAGUUUGGCCAUAAUGACCAUCAUUAUGUUUGGAGGAAAAAGGGGAACGCUUGCAAGCUGAAGAACACCAUCCCAACCGUGAAGCACGGGUGUGGCAGCAUCAUGCUGUGGGGGAGCUUUGCUGCAGGAGGGACUGGUGCACUUCACAAAAUAGAUGGCAUCAUGAGGAAGGACAAUUAUGUGGAUAUAUUGAAGCAACAUCUCAAGACAUCAGUCAGGAAGUUAAAGCUUGGUCGCAAACAGGUCUUCCAAAUGGACAAUGACACCAAGCAUACUCCCAAAGUUGUGGCAAAAUGGCUUAAGGACAACAAAGUCAAGGUAUUGGAGUGGCCAUCACAAAGCCCUGACCUCAAUCCUAUAGAACAUUUGUGGGCAGAACUGAAAAAGCGUGAGCGAGCAAGGAGGCCUACAAACCUGACUCAGUUACACCAGCUCUGUCAGGAGGAAUGGGCCAAAAUUCACCCAACUUAUUGAGGGAAGCUUGUGGAAGGCUACUCGAAACGUUUGACCCAAGUUAAACAAUUUAAAGGCAAUGCUACCAAAUACUAAUUGAGUGUAUGUAAACUUCUGACACACUGGGAAUGUGAUGAAAUAAAUAAAAGCUGAAAUAAAUCAUUCUCUACUAUUAUUCUGACAUUUCACAUUCUUAAAAUAAAGUGGUGAUCCUAACUAACCUAAGACAGGGAAUUUUUACUAGGAUUAAAUGUCAGGAAUUGUGAAAAACUGAGUUUAAAUGUAUUUGGCUAAGGUGUAUGUAAACUUCCGACUUCAACUGUACAUUUUGGCGACCCAACUGCGACUUUGAAUACCACUGCUAUAUAGUGCACGACUUUCGGAGUCCUAUCGGGUCCUGGUCAAAGGGCAUAGGGAGGCAUAUUGUGGCGUAGUGUUACAGCCUGUAUGGUGACUAAUCCCGCAUCUCUCUGUGUCUUUGCAGAGGGGGAGAAAUCUAUACUGAAGAAUCAUCUUGAGCAGAAGCCUCAGGCGCAGUGGGGCUCCAUGGACCCUUCCAGAAUAAACAGAGGUCCCCUGGAGGAUAUCAACUCACCUGAACAGUGAGUUCUCUUCAAAACAUCUCCCUCCUCCCUCCUUCUAAUUCAUUUUUUCUUCUUCUUGUUGACUUUUUCAGUAGACUAUUGCUACCACCAGCAGCACUGCAUGGUGGUUGCUCUGGCAACCAGCUCUGUGAAAGAUGGACCAAUAAGGUCCCAAUCAUCUUUCUUUCUUCACACCUACACACACACACACACACACAUGUUUGUUUUACUAUCCUUGUGGGGACCUAACAAUUGAUUCCCAUUCGAAAUCCUAUUUUCCUUAACCCCUAACCUUAACAGACCGGGGCAGACAUUUGUUGUAUUUUGUUGUUUCUUUGAAAAUACCAACUUUUUAAAUACUCGAGGUGAUCGAAUAUAAUUUAUAUAGAGUUUCAACUAAAAGGCAACUAUUUUAUUUGAUAUUCAAAUACAGGUCUCAGAAAAACAAAGAAUAUUAGAAAAUAUUUUGAAUACCUCUCAGAAAACCAAAUAAUGUUUGAAGGUAUUUGAAUACAAAAACAAAUUAUACUUGAUGGCCGCCAAAUAUUUGAUGAAGAACCAAAACCUACAACAGUUCGUUGAAUUAGUCUAAUUACAGUGAGGGAAAAAAGUAUUUGAUCCCCUGCUGAUUUUGUACGUUUGCCCACUGACAAAGACAUGAUCAGUCUAUAAUUUUAAUGGUAGGUUUAUUUGAACAGUGAGAGACAGAAUAACAACAAAAAAAUCCAGAAAAACGCAUGUCAACAAUGUUAUAAAUUGAUUUGCAUUUUAAUGAGGGAAAUAAGUAUUUGACCCCUCUGACUUAGUAAUUCGUGGCAAAACCCUUGUUGGCAAUCAUAGAGGUCAGACGUUUCUUGUAGUUGGCCACCAGGUUUGUACACAUCUCAGGAGGGAUUUUGUCCCACUCCUCUUUGCAGAUCUUCUCCAAGGUCAUUAAGGUUUCGAGCCUGACGAUUGGCAACUCGAACCUUCAGCUCCCUCCACAGAUUUUCUAUGGGAUUAAGGUCUGGAGACUGGCUAGGCCACUCCAGGACCUUAAUGUGCUACUUCUUGAGCCACUCCUUUGUUGCCUUGGUCUUUUGUUUUGGGUCAUUGUCAUGCUGGAAUACCCAUCCAUGACCCAUUUUCAAUGCCCUGGCUGAGGGAAGGAGGUUCUCACCCAAGAUUUGACGGUACAUGGCCCCGUCCAUCGUCCCUUUGAUGCGGUGAAGUUGACCUGUCCCCUUAGCAGAAAAACACCCCCAAAGCAUAAUGUCUCCACCUCCAUGUUUGACGGUGGGGAUGGUGUUCUUGGGGUCAUAGGCAGCAUUCCUCUUCCUCCAAACACGGCAAGUUGAGUUGAUGCCAAAGAGCUCCAUUUUGGUCUCAUCUGACCACAACACUUUCACCCAGUUCUCCUCUGACUCAUUCAGAUGUUCAUUGGCAAACUUCAGAUGGGCCUGUAUAUGUGCUUUCUUGAGCAGGGGGACCUUGCGGGCGCUGCAGGAUUUCAGUCCUUCAUGGCGUAGUGUGUUACCAAUUUUUUUCUUGGUGACUAUGGUCCCAGCUGCCUUGAGAUCAUUGACAAGAUCCUCCCGUGUAGUUCUGGGCUGAUUCCUCACCGUUCUCAUGAUCAUUGCAACUCCAUGAGGUGAGAUCUUACAUUGUGCCCCAGGCCGAGGGAGAUUGACAGUUAUUUUGUGUUUCUUCCAUUUGCAAAUAAUCGCACCGUUGUUGUCACCUUCUCACCAAGCUGCUUGGCGAUGGUCUUGUAGCCCAUUCCAGCCUUGUGUAGGUCUACAAUCUUGUCCCUGACAUCCUUGGAGAGCACUUUGGUCUUGGCCAUGGUGGAGAGUUUGGAAUCUGAUUGAUUGAUUGCUUCUGUGGACAGGUGUCUUUUAUACAGGUAACAAACUGAGAUUAGGAGCACUCCCUUUAAGAGUGUGCUCCUAAUCUCAGCUCGUUACCUGUAUAAAUGACACCUGGGAGCCAGAAAUCUUUCUGAUUGAGAGGGGGUCAAAUACUUAUUUCCCUCAUUAAAAUGCAAAUCAUUUAUAACAUUUUUGACAUGCGUUUUUCUUGAUUUUUUUUUGUUAUUCUGUCUCUCACUGUUCAAAUAAACCUACCAUUAAAAUUAUAGACUGAUCAUUUCUUUGUCAGUGGGCAAACAUACAAAAUCAGCAGGGGAUCAAAUACUUUUUUUCCCUCACUGUAUAUGAUCAUAAGCACAUGGUUUGGACGGCUCUAAGAUAUGAAUCUUAAUAUAGCCUAUAGCCUAGAAUUAAAUACAUGAGGGACAUGGAAUCACCUCCAAUUACAGUAGACCAUGUUUGCAGAUUCAAAAUGACGAACAAUUAUAUUUUCAUAAUGAGUGUCAUAAGAUAAUACAGUAACACUUGACACCAGCCAUACUUGGUGUAAUAGCAUUCAAGUGACUUUCAAAAAUAUUUUUAUUAAGGAAUUGUAAUAAUCUAUCUACUACUACUACACUGUAGUAAAUAAAGUCAGACAUCUCUUUUAUUAAAGGUAGAUCAUUCAAGUGAUGUUCCCCGUGUUUAAAAAACAUGUGUAGUAACUUUGUGAUUAUAACAUUAGCAACAUUGUUGUUACAUAGGACUUUGAAAUGUCUUUAUAAUUGCAUAAUAAUAUUAUUACAUAAGUGGAAUAAGGAACAGUCACUAUUCCUUUUGUGUACAGUAGUUACAAAAACUAUUACCAAAGUAUUAUGUAACAACAUGCUAGUAAAAUGUUUGCUCCAAAAGUAAUUUCAGUUGUACACAGGCACAAUACGUUUUUUAAUGUUAAGUGUUACUGAGAAUGCUAACGGUAACAAAAUGUGCCUAUUAAGUGUAGAAAGAAAACGAAAUAUCCCAAAACUGCUUUCUUGAAUCAAAUACAGCCAAGGUAGAUUGAAAGUCAUGUUAGUUUGUAUUCUGAGUAAACAAUCCCUUUAAAGAUGGUAUAGUGUGUGUUUGAAACAAGAACACUUAUCUGUACAACAUAUAAAUGGUUAAUUGGUUUGACUUGAUUAUGUAAACCUGGGGUGGUGGACAUUCAGGAGAAUGAACAUUUACAAAUGUUCAGAUAUAAAUGUAUUGUGUAGAUCAAAUGAAGAGUUUCAUUCCAAAAUGCUAUAGAUCAAUGUUCAGAAAUCUUGGUAAAUUAGCUUUUAUUGUUUAAAGAACUUAUAAAAGAGAUGUGUUUUUUCACCAUCUAAUCAUGGAAUAGGGUUGUUCAAUGACAGACGUAUUUGUUUCAAAUCUAUCACUUGAUGGUUUCAUUUCAGAGAGACAAAUAAUCAUGUUUUGCUGCAAAAUGCUAUAUAUCCGGUUCACUCUCAGAGAAAUAAGUAGUACUGCUAGGCUUUACACAGUCAAAUGUAACAAGUAGCUACAUUUUUUUAAAAGAAAUGUGCGAAUGAUACAUUAUUGACAUCAAUUAUUUUAUUUUUUAAAUCAAUACAGUAAUAUGAGAUCUAUAUGUAAAAUAUUUACAUUUGGCAUUUCAGUCAUUUAGCAGAUGCUCUUACCUAGAGCUACUUACAGUUGUGCAUUCAUCUUAAGAUAGCUAGCUGAGACAAACACAUCAAAGUCAAUAUACAGGAUACAAACAUUCCAUUUCAGCUAAGCAAUGGAUAUAUAGCAUUAGUUUAAGUCAGCCAAUCCAAUAUUUUCAUAAAAGUAGUCACUUUCUCAGAUUUGUAUUCAAAUAGUUUACAAAAGUAGGUACUUUCUGUGAUCUGUAUUCAAAUAUUUUUUACUUUCCACAAACUAUAGUUAAAACUAUAGUUAUCCCAGGUCUGAACUCCUAACCCUAAUUCUAACCCUAAUUCUAACCCUAACCCUAAACUUUACCCCUAAGCCUAAAAUAGUCUUUUUCCUUGUGGGGACCAGCAAAAUGUUUUACUAUCCUUGUGAGGACUUCUGGUUCCCACAAGGAUAGUAAAACCAAAAACACACACACACACACACACACACACAUAACCAGCAGAGCACAGCUGACUGACUGCAUGUUGUCCCAACUCUUAAAAUGUGGUGAUCCAGAACACUCAUAGCACACUCCGGUGACAAAUAAAGAACUACCUUCACUUAUUAAUAACCAGGCUGGGGAAUGUCGACUUCAUCGGAGAGGGAAAAAAUAGUUUAUGCAUCAUUGAGAGCCCUUCAUUCCCUCCUCCUCUCCCCCCCCCCGUCCCCCCGUCCCCGUCCCCCGUCCCCCGUCCCCCCGUCCUCCCAGCUCUCCUCUCUCUUCCUCCUACGUUCAUCUAACUGGGACUGGAUAGAGAGAACACACGAGAGAGAGAGAGAGAGAGAGCAUGAUAGAGUGAGGACAUGAGCGGAAGCAGGAGGAUGAAACCGUCACAGAAAAGACACGAAAGAGAGAGAGAGAGAGAGAGAGCAUGAUAGAGAGAGAGAGAGAGAGCAUGAUAGAGAGAGAGAGCAAUGAGAGAGAGGAGAGAGGAGAACGAGAAGCAAGAGAGAGAGAGAGAGAGAGAGAGAGCCUGAUAGAGCCUGAUAGAUCAGAUAGAGAGAGAGAGAGAGAAUGAUUAGAGAGAAGGAUAGGAAGAAAUGAUAGGUAGAGAAGAGAGAGAGAGAGAGAGAGAGAGAGAGAGAGAGAGAGAGAGAGAGAGGGCAGAAAAUAGUUAUUAUACUUGUACUAUACUGUAUGUACAGUAGGUCCUUAAUGUAGCACCACAGAGAUUUAGAAAUAUAUAUUUUUUAGAGGGUUUAACACUUUGACAGCACACAUGGGAAAAAUACUCCUUCAAUGUGAACCUUUAUUUAGUCAGGUGAAUAUAAUGAUGUUUAAUUAUGCUUACUAUGUUAAACCACUCAUCACCAUGUCUCUCUCUCUUUCUCUCUCUGUCUACAGCAUACAGCGCAGGCUGUCGUUGCAGCUGCCCAUCCUGCACCAUGCCUACCUACCCUCCAUAGGGGGGGUGGACGCCAGCUGUACCAGCCCCAACGCCAGCCCCAGCUCCAGCCCGCGGCACAGACACAUGCCCCCAUCCUACCGGGUCAUGGUCUCAGGCCUGUGAGCAUCAGUCGCCCCUGCCGCUUCCAAGAAAGACAUCCAUGUUUAAAAAACAGACUGAGGUCAUCAGCGAUAGUGGAAUAAUAUGUGUGUUGGACCAGGGAGGGGGAAGUUUGUUCCACUCUUCAUGCCUCGGUCUCUAGAACCCCUCUCUAGAACCAUGGGUUGGGAAGAGAAAGGGGAGAGGGUACCUUACAAACGACAACACGAUCCAUAGCAACAACCUCCCUCGGUCUCUCUCCCCCCCUCACCCACCCCCUCAGGCAGCGGAGUACCAGACCUGACCUGACCAGACCUGUAGCGUAUCUGCUUUGGAGGGUUUUUAUGUUUUUUUUGUCAUACACUUGGCUAUGUGUGUGCUUGUCAAAAAGUUAGUGUUUCGCUACUUCAAUGCCUAGAAGGCGUUACUAUAGGAACAAAGAAGUUCCAGAUCGGACUGACGUAGGAUUCAUCACAAGUCACCAUUUUGAACAAACAUGUAAAUAUCAUACUGACUUUGACUUACCGUAAGCUUUGAGUAUGCUGUGAAUUAACAUAUGGGGGGAUGGGGGGCAGGUCUGUAUCAGGGUAGGCCCUAAAAAACUCUUAUAAAAACUAAAAAACUGGCGUCCUACAAAGCAAAAUGUAAGACAAAUUGGUUUGUGUAAUAUUACUGCAUCAUUGUAUUGUGUUAAUUAUGUUAAAUGGAUUGGCUCAUAGCAAGAAGUAAGUCAUUUUUCUGUGACUAGCAAAAUGUCGAAAGACACCAGCCAGGGGCCAAUUAUUUUAACUUGGUGUAAUAUUCACACAGCUUAUUUUCCACUUUGCUAAAUUUGCACCAUUAGUUUUUCUUUAAGAUAUUAUACUAUCUCUUUUCAUAGGUCUUUAAUGUGUUUCAACUCCCAUAGUUUAAUUUGUCUCCAUACAAGCAUGAAAUACUACAGUACAGGAUAAUGCCUUUCUGGGUUUAGAGGGCAACAGAACCAAACAAAUUUCCAGGAAAUAAUGAGAAUAGUAAUGUGACUCUAUGUACAGUACGUGUGUUGACAUAAACUCAAACAAAUACUCACCUACACAAACACAUAAAGAUACACACCAUUAGGUAAAGUGCACACCGUAUCCUAGUGGUGUUAGGUGUCCAGACAAGGCUUUGCCAAAGAUCAGUCUGAGGACCAGCAAGCUUCCAUUACAGCUGGUUGGUCUUUGCCCCACCAGUGUAAAUGGUCCAGGAACUGUCAUGUCACUCUAUGUAGGGAGUGGGGACCACCCAACGCAGCACCCAGAGCCCAGGUGGCCUGCUCUGUUACCUGACUGUUGUGAGGCUGAAGGAGAGGCUUUCUAA